GCUCUCGAACGACCCGCCCCUAACGGCGAAGGGGAGGCCCCCCCCUCCUCUAAACACACAAACACACACACACACUCAUACACACACACACACACACACACACAGCGAGGAAGCGAUGACGCCUCCAGUCCCAAGUUGCCCUUUUGGCUCUGGCGGCUGCCAAGCGAGUUUCUUCUUACGCUUUGCCGCAGGUCGAUCCAAGCCGGCUGGGGAGAUCCCCGGGUUGAUCGUCUUCAAACAAACCCGAGUUUGACGUUUCUUUUAAACACCGGGAGCCCAGUUUACGAGACUUCCUGGAAGGGGGCCCGAGCAGGAAGAGGCAAAAUUGACACGUGGACCGUUUUUCUCUCUCUCUCUCUCUCUCGGGUUUUUUUCCCCUUUCCAAACCGAGGACGGAGGGGCGAGGGUGAUGCUUUCCUGAAUUUUGUCUCCGGUGCGAACCUGGGGAUUAGGCGUCGUGGAGAGGACGGACCCCCCCCCCCACUCUCCUCUCCUUUCCCCAAAUCAACCGACACCCAUCCACCUCCUCCGCCUCCGGUUGCUGCUUUUCAACCCUCACCAACUUUGGUCCAACUUUGGAAGCCCCAUCUCUUGUCUGGGAAGAAGAAGAGGAGCUGGUGAAGACUUCAGUGGGGCAAGUUAGAAAACUUUUUCUCCUCCUGUCUGCUUUGGAAGGAUCUGCCUUCUCAACUUUCUCUCCCCCUGCCCCCCCCCCCCCCCGCCUCCCCCAGUUCCUGGUAGAUGGGAGUUUCUGACUCUCUUUUUUUUUUCCCCACUUGGUGCUUUGUUCAUUUGUGGAUUUCCACACACACACAGAGACACACACCCCUUGGUAACUAAGCCGUUGGAUGGCCUUGAGCAUCGGCAACAAUGGAGUGCAGGAUUUGGGGGCCAACCUGCUGGCCUCCCAACAUCACAAGGAGCGUCAUCAGCUGCCAGCCGCCAGAUGCCCCCAGCAGGAAGCCCUGAAAAAAGAUGGAGAAAUGGGGAAUGUCUUUUGGUCCAGGCCUGAAUCCCGAUUAUGGACCACGAUGCUCCUGCUGGGAACCUGCCUGCUUUACUGCGCCAGGGUCCUCAUGCCCAUCUGUGUGGUCACCAUGAGCUCUCGCUUUGACUGGGACAAGAAACAAUCCGGAAUUGUCUUGAGCAGCUUCUUUUGGGGUUACUGCCUGACCCAAGUUGUUGGAGGCCACUUGAGUGACCGGAUAGGUGGAGAGAAAGUCCUUCUCCUCUCGGCCUCGGCCUGGGGAUCCAUCACUGCCAUCACGCCCCUCCUCAUUUCCUCAAGCUCAGCCCAGCUGACUCUGAUGACCUUUACUCGCUUCCUUAUGGGACUAUUGCAAGGGGUUUAUUUUCCUGCCUUGGCUAGUCUGCUUUCCCAGAAGGUACAGGAGAGUGAACGAGCAUUGACCUACAGCACAGUUGGAACUGGAUCUCAGUUUGGGACAUUGGUGAUGGGGGCGGCUGGCUCCCUCCUGCUUGACUGGUACGGAUGGGAAAGCGUCUUCUAUCUUUCGGGCCUGCUUACCUUGCUCUGGGUGUACUGCAUGUGUAAAUUCAUCCUGCCAGAAAAAGGUAAGCAAAUUGUUCCACUGGUUAAUCUCUCUCUGUCUCUCUCUCUCUGUCUGUCUCUCCGUGGCCCUUUCAAAGUUCUUGAGAAAAUGUUGCCCGUAUGGGCGGUGAUUGUCGCUCAGUUGUGUGCGGCUAGCACUUUCUUCACUCUGCUUUCCUGGCUCCCGACGUUCUUCAGUGAAACGUUUCCCGAUUCAAAGGGUUGGAUUUUUAAUGUAAUUCCUUGGCUGGUGGCAAUUCCAACCAGUUUGUUUGGUGGAUUCCUCUCCGAUCAAUGUAUCAGUCAAGGGUGCAAACCGAUCACCGCUCGUAAGUUUAUGCAGGUCAUUGGCUCCGGGGUAUCCAGUCUUUUUGCCUUAGGGAUAGGUUACUCCACCAGCUUUUGCCAAGCAGUGGCCUUCGCCUCAGCCAGCAUUGGACUUCAGACUUUCAACCACAGUGGCAUCUCAGUCAAUAUUCAAGAUCUGGCUCCUUCGUGUGCUGGUUUAUUGUUCGGUGUGGCAAACACAGGUGGAGCUUUACUAGGUGUCGUUUGCGUGUACCUAGCUGGACACCUCAUCGAAAACACAGGCUCCUGGGUCUCUGUUUUCAAUCUCGUGGCCGUCGUGAAUGCCCUUGGACUUUCCACGUUCCUCAUCUUUGGAAAAGCUCACAGGAUGGACCUGGAUCCGGCCUACACCGAUUUAUAAACACAUCCGCAGACUUAGAGGGAGACGUCAAGAUUUCAGAAUGGAGAAAUGAAAAGCAGAAUCCCAGGAAAAAACAUACUAGCUAUGGAAUGAUGAAAGUCCAUGCAUUAACCUGUUAGCUCCAGAUUUACUAGCCAUCUGCUAAUCUUUUCUUCCCAGACGGUUGGCGUAUGUUUCACCUCUUUGAUUAGAUGCUAUUCUUCUCUCCAUCCCCAUGUAUUGAUGUUCUAGCCAACAUUAGACCCAUGUUGGCUUUCUAGUUGGGAAUUAUAGAAAUCCAGUAUAUCUGGAGAGAUCAGGGUCCAUUGUGUGAGAUGACCUUAGGAGCAGUUUAAAUAUUCUGACUCUGGCUACAGGGUCUUUUGUAGCAAAAAUGUUAUUACAUCGCAGGCACACUCCCAAAAUAUGCAACCAGAGCUUGCUCCUGGUGAUCUUCCUGUGUGAGAGGAAAUGCAAGGAUUCACCCAUACUCUCUCCCACCACACAUCCAAAAAUUUUUUUGUUCCAACAUUCAUGAUGAUCACCUGGACUACAGCAAAAACGUAUAGAAUUCGAACGUAUGUUUGGAUCCUCUUUUGAGGAGUUUUGAGGCCGUCAUUGUGAGUGUUCUCCAGACACAAAAAAAUCCCAGAUUUAGUGCGAGCUGCUCGUUCUAUAAUUUUAAAAUCCCCUUGAUGAUGGAUUUUCUUACUUUGGUUUUCUUCGGAUGUAUAAGGUAGAUCUCAUAAUGAUUUAGCCGUGCUUCUCAGGUGAUGUAUGCAUGUCAAAGUUUGGCCAAGUUCUGGUUGUAGAAUCCUCACGCAAUGAACAAAAGAAUAGCAAGGAAUUCAUCAGAUUUCCAUUGAGAUCAGCAAAGUUCCCCUCCUUCCCUUGAGGCCUCCUGCAAAAUCUCGCAAAUUCAUGAAUGAUUGGCAUAUCGUUCUAGUGCACCUACAUACAGGCGACCAUUUUACCCAUAUUACAAUUAUGAACAUAUAGGUACACCUGUACGAUAAUGUUGGACCAGUUCUCUUAAAAAACAAUGGGGUGGACGACUGGCCAGUUACCGACAAUAUAUAACCCAUCAGUUUUUCAUAACCUGAGGUCCUUCAGGUUUUUUAAGUUACAACUCUUGUCACCCCCAGUGGCCAAGCCCAUUGUUAACAAUGGUGGCCCUAGAUCAGCAGGUCUGAAAGACCUUGUCUCAGAAAAAAUACGACCUAAUGGAGCGUGAGUGAGCAGAUUAUGCAAAAUCCUAUGGUUAUAGGACUGUAAUCCAUAUCAUAUCCGUUAAAGCAGCUCCAUGUUCUCGUCUUCCUCUGACAUCAUGAGUGAGACAGAAGCAGCUAUCUUGGGUUUCCUCCUGGGAGGUCUAAUAGAUCUGGACAGCAAAAAAGUCCAGAAUAUGUCCCACCAGAAUUGUCUUCCGAAUUGUUGGAAGAACAAUUUCAUCCAGAUUCAAAGUUUGUAUGAAAGAGAAGGUUGUUAGACAUCAAAGAGAUAAAUGAGAACCUUGGAUUUGUGAGUUGCAUCUCCAAGUCAACCUUCUGAAACCGUUGGUCUAAUCGAUUUGAAGUAUGGGCAGACGUUAUCCGAUACAUCUACAAAAGCUUCUCUAGCUUAAGAUUUUCAUUCUUACAUGAUUUCCGGUUUCGUAUGGGUGCUUAUAUUAGUUCAGGAUGAAAAAUUAGCAGGGUAUUAAAAAUGCUCCCUCUUGUGUUUUAUCGAUUGUUGGAAUAAGAGAAACCAAGUUUACGGAUAUUUGGAAGCUAGGUUCAAUGAGCUUCUCAAGAUUGCUAAACAGCGAGAGAUUCUAUUGCAGUGUUGGCGAACCUUUUUGGCACCGAGUACUGAAACGGGACCCCACCUGCGCACAUGUCAAAAACUGGAAGAGCAGCCUCCCGGUGCGCAUGCGUGUGCCAGGAAGAUGAUCUUCCGGUUUCCGGCACGCACAUAUGCACCGGCCACCUGGUUUUCCAGGUUCUGGCACACAUGCGCGUGUGAAGAUCAGCUGGCCCAUGCGCAUGCAUGCGCUGGAAACCAGAACAUCAACUUCCCGGCGUGCGCAUGCGCCCCAGGAAACUGCUUUUCCGGUUUCCAGCGUUUCUGCGCGUGUGAAGACCAACUGGCUGGUACGCCGAAACCUGGAAGAUCAACGACCAACAUUCACAUGCCCGGAGAUGUGGCUCUGCAUGUCACUUCCGGCACGCGUGCCAUAGGUUCGCCAUCACCGUUCUAAUGUAACGAUGGCCUCAGGUCAAAAGAACCUUGCAUCUUCCAGACAUAGGAAGGUCAUAUUGAUCUCUUUGUACUUGAAGACUAAAAAAAAAUGGCAUCUACAUAUUUGGUUCCAAAACAUCUUGUUCUAUUUGUGGUUCCUGAUUUCAACACCGUUCUGUGUUUCUCCAUCUGACUCUUACCAGCAGUGGUCAAUGAUGUUGCAGUCAGUGGGGGAAAAAAUGUGACUUGUCAAAGAGUUAAGUUGUAUGAUCUGUUAUAUAAAAGAGGAAAGAUAUAGUGGAUCCAGUUUCUUUUUCUUUUAUUUAUUUUAUUUUAUUUUAUUUUUAAAUUUUUUAUACCGCCCCCUCUCCCGAAGGACUCAGGGUGGUGAACAGCCAAAAUUAAAAAAACACAAUACAAAUAUUAAAAUACUUUAAAACAAAAUUAAAUUUAUCUUUGGCUUCCCCAAUUUAAAACCCCUUACCCAUAAAAUUCCCCAAUUAAAAGAUUUUUUUUAAUCCCAAA